AUGUCUCAGAAGUAUGGUUUCAAACUCGAAAAACGACGGUUGGAUCACGAACGGUCACGAUAUAAUGAGCUGUCAGCUCGUGACAAGAGGACACCCCAUCACCCCCCUGGUCAGCCACCCUCAAGCACACUUGAUCCUGCGCCAAAAACGAGAGAGGACUUUGGGGGGAGGGACAAACAAAAACGAAGUGCUUUUGAUUUUGCUGUUUGGAAAGACAAAGGAAUGGGGAAGCUCUCAACAAAAGGACAGUUAGCACUUGGGGGAGGAACGAAUGAGAAGGACGCAAGGAUGGGAGCCUGGCUGCUAAAGAAUGCAGAAGGUUAUAUAUGCAAGCGGGUGAUCUGCCCCAUUGCGAACUUCGGCCAAUUCCAGCAGUGGCAUUGCUACCGUGAUACAUCAAAGGCAGAGCAGCAUGCUGUCACCUCACUUGUCAUCUCACUUGUUCUUGAAGCCCCCGGUGAUAUGAAGAUCAACUGGAGGUGUCACACUGGCUGUGAACGUCUUUUUUGCCCGAGAAACACCUGGUGGACUAGCAUCACUCCCUGCAACACUCAAGGGGAACAGUUGGACUAUGGCCUGUUGGUUGGAAAAAAGACGGUCCCCAUGCUCGCUAAACCACAUGCCAGGCAAGUGGCUUUAUUUCAAAUUCAUCCUCAAGAGGGGUUUCACGGUCUCUGUGGCCUCCUUCCAUCUGUGUCAGCCAGCAGCCUCGAAAUGGAUGACAUCGUGGAGGACAUUACUGCUGAGCAGGAGACUCUUGUUGAGUCAAAGUCAACAGAUGGCAUGAUCGACUUUGCGAAGCUCCAAUCCACGCUCAUGGAUGCGUCCAAGGGUGUUACUGAAGGCAUGGACUCAGAAUACAAGAGGCAAAUGAAUCAGGCAGUGGUGUUCCUCACUGGCAUGCACCUGCUGCACAAGGACAAGGUUUUUUUUUGCAAGAGACCACGUGCUGACACACCAUGGCUGAUUGUGGCCUGGAUUAUGAACUCGUGCGACUCGAUCAACAUUGAUGGCACACAAAAACCAUCGAGCGAAGAGCAUGGCAUGUACAGCCAUGCACAAAAGAUGCGUGCCUCUAUGACAUAUGCAUUUGGUAGGCUCCAGGGCCUUGGGAAUAUGUGGUGGCACGAGUCAGAUGUUGGGGGUGGUAUCAUGCCCGAGUUACUCAACACCUGGGAUAUUCUACUCAAAUUUUACCACAACAACCACCUCAAUGAAAACUGGGCCAUUCAUCCUUACCAGCCUGGCGAGCGUCUUAGCUUGCACUGCUGGGGUGGUGGCCAUGCCCAGAGGCUGUUGCAGGCCACAUAUACCAUAAUGUUUGUCCUCAAGAUCCAGGCCCAUGACUUUAGAGUGUACAAGAAGGGGGUGACACUACACCUCCCUUUCCACAAGACACAUCAGAAUGGAGAUAUCAAACCAUUCCAUCUGUGGGUCUUUCCACCGCAUGAGGCCCACAUCUGCCCUGUCAGGACCCUCACAGCCUGGUUGGGUGAUUGCGUAGUGGAGGCCGACACCCCAAUGGCCUCCGAACAAUUCUUAGAGCUUUUCCGCAACAACUUGCUGGACAUUGGCAUCGAUCCAGCCCCAUAUGGCACCCACUCGUUCCUGACGAGGAGGCUGCCAGUACCUACAUAUCGAAAGGCACUGGGCACUAAGGAAGAUCUGUGA